AUGGAGAAGAAAUUAUUUAACAUCAUCAUCGGUGUAACUGGUAGUGUAGCUACAAUAAAGUUACCUUUGUUAAUUGAGAGCCUACUCAACAUUAACAAUGUUGAAAAUGGAUAUAAAUUUGAGGUAAUAUGUACAGAAAGAUCAAAACAUUUUUUCAAAAUAACUGAUAUCCCAGAGUGUUGCUCGCUGUUUGACGACGCUGUCGAAUGGAGUUCUUGGAAUCAAAGAGGGGAUCCAGUGCUUCAUAUUGAACUCGGGAAGUGGGCUGAUAUGUUAGUAAUAGCUCCUCUAGAUGCUAAUACUUUAGCAAAAAUAUCACAGGGUAUCUGUGACAAUUUAUUAACAUGCACAGUGAGGGCUUGGGAUGUGUCUAAGCCUCUGUUAUUUUGCCCUGCCAUGAAUACUCUUAUGUAUAAGCAUCCAAUAACUGCCACUCAGAUUCAGACAUUAAAAGGUUGGGGUUACAAAGAUAUACCACCAAUUGAAAAGAAACUUAUAUGUGGGGAUACGGGUAUCGGUGCUAUGGCAGAAGUAGAUACUAUAGUACAGAGGAUAAAAACUAUAGCGCAAGAUCAUGUUAAAAAUAAAUAA